AGCAGUACACAGUUAGAAACCAACUCGUAUGCUGCCUCCACCUCCACACAUGACUUCAAGAGGGCUUAAGUCCUGAUGAAUAGCUCUUUGAAAGACAUGAAGAAUGACGGAAGGAGAGUUUGAUGCAGAGGAUACUUAAGGAAAAAACAACUUAGCAUAAGAGAUAUUGGAAUUGGAUCCUGAGUUUUCUCUUACUCCAGAAUAUUGAAAAUGGACCUUCAGCAAUGCUAAAUCUACAAUGGGAAGUGUCACACUUCGCUAUUUCUGCUAUGGGUGCCUUUUUACAUCUGUGACCUGGACAGUUCUGCUCUUUAUUUAUUUCAACUUUAGUGAAGUGACUCAACCUUUUAAGAAUGUGCCCAUCAAGGGGUCUAGGCCCCAUGGGCCAUUCCCAAAAAAAUUCUAUCCUCGUUUUACUCGUGGCCCAAGUAGACUAUUAGAGCCACAGUCAAAAGUCAACAAGAUUGAACCUAUUUUAGAAAAUAAUGGUGAAGAUGCAGGCAAAGAAGAAGAUACGGAACUCUCUCCUGAAAUGGGUAUGAUUUUUAAUGAAAGAGAUCAGGAAUUGAGAGACUUGGGCUAUCAGAAGCAUGCCUUUAAUUUACUUAUCAGUAACCGCUUGGGCUACCAUAGAGAUGUUCCAGAUACAAGGAAUGCAGAAUGUAAAGAAAAAUCAUAUCCAUCUGACCUUCCAGCUGCCAGUAUUGUGAUUUGUUUCUACAAUGAAGCCUUUUCUGCCUUGCUUCGAACAGUACAUAGUGUCAUAGAUAGAACACCAGCCCAUCUUCUUCAUGAAAUUAUCUUGGUGGAUGACAAUAGUGAAUUUGAUGAUUUGAAAGGAGAGCUAGAUAAGUAUGUCCAAAAAUAUCUUCCUGGAAAAAUUCAAGUGGUAAGAAAUGAAAAACGAGAGGGAUUGAUUCGAGGAAGAAUGAUUGGAGCAGCUCAUGCUACAGGAGAAGUUCUUGUGUUCCUAGACAGUCACUGUGAGGUGAACAAGAUGUGGCUACAACCGUUGCUGGUUCCAAUUCAAGAAGACCGUAGGACAGUGGUAUGCCCUGUGAUUGAUAUUAUCAGUGCUGAUACCCUCAUGUACAGCUCAUCUCCUAUCGUGCGUGGAGGAUUCAACUGGGGUCUACACUUUAAAUGGGAUCUUGUUCCCUUUUCUGAGUUAGAAGGACCAGAAGGAGCUAUUGCACCAAUCAAGUCACCUACAAUGGCAGGAGGCUUAUUUGCUAUGAAUAGACAUUAUUUCAAUGAACUUGGACAAUAUGACAGUGGCAUGGAUAUCUGGGGAGGUGAAAAUUUAGAAAUCUCAUUUAGGAUCUGGAUGUGUGGGGGCAAGCUCUUCAUCAUCCCUUGCUCUAGAGUAGGACACAUUUUCCGUAAAAGGCGUCCUUAUGGAUCUCCUGAAGGCCAGGAUACCAUGACAUAUAACUCUUUACGACUGGCACAUGUUUGGUUGGAUGAAUAUAAGGAGCAGUAUUUUUCCUUGAGACCUGAGCUGAAGCUCAAAAGCUAUGGAAACAUCAGUGAACGGAUUGCAUUGAGGAAAAAAUUAGGCUGUAAAUCAUUUAAAUGGUAUUUGGAUAAUAUCUACCCAGAGAUGCAGCUAUCUGGCCCCAAUGCCAAACCACAACAACCUGUUUUUAUUAACAGGGGACCAAAACGACCCAAAAUUCUGCAACGUGGACGACUCUACCACCUUCAAACCAAUAAAUGCUUGGCUGCUCAGGGUCACCCAAGUCAGAAAGGAGGACUGGUGGUUCUUAGGGUGUGUGAUUACAGUGAUCCGAAUCAGGUCUGGAUUUAUAAUGAAGAACAUGAACUGAUUUUAAAUAAUCUCCUUUGCUUGGAUAUGUCAGAAACUCGCUCAUCAGACCCACCAAGGCUAAUGAAAUGCCACGGAUCAGGAGGAUCCCAACAGUGGAUACUUGGGAAAAAUAGUCGGCUCUACCAGGUAUCGGUGGGGCAGUGCCUGAAGGUGGUUGAUCCCUUGAGUCGGAAAGGCUAUGUUGCUAUGGCAAUCUGUGAUGGCUCCUCCCCACAGCAGUGGUAUUUGGAGAGCUAAGAUGAAGACACUGAAGGAAGAAGUGUUUGUUCCUCCCUCCCUGACUGGAGUGAUGCUUUGGAGAAUUGACUGAGGAUACACAUCAAAUUCCUUAGCUAAUGUUCCUAAUUGGCACUGUCUUCUGGAGGAAAUUACUUUCUUCCUUUUACUUUGGUGAUUUCUGGAGAUACAGAAAUGAGGGAUUGUAUCAAGAGUCAUAGUUCCUUAAGAAGCCUAUAGUUGAUGAAGUGCAGUUUAGUAAGGGAUGACAUUCUUUUUGAGCUAUUAAUAGGAAAUUCCCCAUUCAUAAAGAGAAAUUAGGUUUUGAUUUUUUACUCUAAAGAGAUUUCUUUAAAGAACAGAAGCCAAGAAACCAUAGAUUUCUUGUUUUCUUCAGACUCAUGCCUUAUUUUAGUUGAUUAAAAAAAAACAAUUAGUUUUAGCUGAUCUAGACAUAACUUGGGUUUUUGGUCCUUGGAUAGAAAUUAUUUUCUAGAGCUUUUUUAAAAUUUCUUUCAUCAUCUGUAUUUUGGGUAGAUGAAUUGCUAACAUGUUCCUUUUAACUUCAGUGGAGUUACUUUUAGGUCCAUAUUUAAAGAGAAAGGUACUUUUACAAAUUUAUUUUGCUUAAUUAUGCUAUCUACAUUUACAAUAAAUUUUUGCAAUCCGUUAGGA